AUGGCAGUAGAGGACGGAGCUGUACUUGGGAUGCUGCUCACUUUAUACAUGAGAUAUGUUACCGACUGGAAACGGACAUAUAAAGAAGAGUCCAUGAAGUCUCACCUUCCUGCGCUGCUUAAACUCUACGAAGACGUGCGCAAGCCACGGGCCUCAAGCAGUGUUGAUUAUGCCAUCCAUAAUCGGAGAUAUUUUCAUUGGGAAGAUGGGUUUCUGCAAAGGUUACGAGACCUGGUUUUGCGUCUAUCUGGCAUGACAAGAGAUACCGAUUGGAUUGGGUUCGUAUCCUCCAAGCAGGGAAAGGUCCUGGGAUAUGAUGUGCUGGAAGAGGGUGAAAGAGCCUUUGAGGAGUGGGCAAAGUGCAAUAUCAGGGACUAG